AUGUCCACAGCAGUAGACAUUGCUGGCCCUUCCUCGCCAGAUCAAGCCAACAGCAGUGCUAAAAUCCCCAACGAGCCACUGAGACCCAGCCUCAAGCGCUCCAGCCACCCCUACGGCCUGUCCCAUUACAUUGCCAGCCCUUCCCAAGGCAUGGACGUCAAAGGCCUGAUCCAGCCCUCCCCGUCUCAGCAACAGGCGGCUCCGCCCGGCCCCACAAAACCUCGCCGGGCGCCCACUUGGCCCGAUAUGUGGGAGUCGCCUAGCGGGCUCCACCUGGCCCACGCCGCCGAGCUGCUGAUGCGCGCCGGGCUGCUGGCGCUCACCCCCACCGCCACCGAGCAGGCCGGCUCGGGCGCACAGACCAGCCAGCCCGCUAAAAGGGAGCCGCCGGAGGCAAAGGGAGGCAAGGGAGACGGCGAGGGCGGCGGGUCGGGGCCCGAGGAGGAGGAAGAGGACUCGCCCGGAUGCAGGACGGACAUCCAGCCCUACCUUGGCGCCUGGUUCCCUUUCAGCCCCACUCUCUUGCCUCUCGCCGGCUUUCAGAUGGGAGGAGGCCACUGGAGGAGCACAGCGAUGGGCGCCGACGGCAUGGAAGGCCUCGUGGCCGAGGGUCACUCGCCCGGGUCUCUGGGCGGGGGCGGCGGUGGGAGGCGGAAGAGGAAGCGGUGCGGGGAGUGCGUGCCAUGUCGGCGUCAGACGAACUGCGAACAGUGCAGCAGCUGCCGCAAUCGUAAGAGGGGACACCAGAUCUGUAAAUACAGGAAGUGCGAGGAGCUGAAGAGGAAGCCGGGCGGUCCCGGGUUCGAGGGUAGAGUGUCCGCGUUUGACCUCAGAGGUUCCGACUUUUCUUUGGGCCUGGCGCAGGAGAGAAGCAGCGGCGCGUUGGAUGGAUAG